GAAUGGCCACUUAGUUUCUCAUGUAUUUUGCUCAAGUACUAGAGCAAUUUCUCUGAUCAUACAUAGAGAUUUUCUUCCAACACAAAGAUGAAGUGAAGUUUCUUCUCCUAUUCUUGAUCUAAUGGAAGGUACUUUUUCUUUUUCACAAAUUAUUUAAUGAGUUUAUUGCUUUUCAUGGUCAGCUCCAACAAGUUAAGUGAAGACAUUUACUAGCUUUCUUGCAUUGGGAGGAGUCUGGAAUUUCGCAAGUGAUUCCAAUCACGUAAUUGAGGUCCCCCCUCUUUAUAUGAAGUCUCAAUCUAAUUAGUUAGAACUUAGAAUCAGUGAAUUAUUUUGUCAGCAUGUUCCAGGAUUUCUCCUUCCAUUUUAAAUGGAAGACCAAAAAUGGAAUGAGAUAAAGGUAAACAGAAAAAGUAAAACAUUAAAUGCGAGAUGAGAAAAGGUUGUAAAAAUAGAUAGUAAUCCGGAAUUGAACAAAGGUAUUUUAGAAGAAGUUAAAAGAGUUAGGAUAGCUACAGUUUGUCUCAAUGAGGUGGUUGAUUGUCGGGUUUCAGUCUCUCUCUCUCUCUGUCUCUCUCUCUCUCUAUAUAUAUAUAUAUAUAUAUAUAUUAUAUGCAGGCUCUAGAUUACAAUGACAGGCUUCAAAAGGAAAAGGAAUCUUUCUUUUCUUUUUAUCUAUGAAAACAUAACAAACCCAUCAACAUUAUCAAACAAUCCCAGUUAUGAUGACAUUAUGAAGUAGAAGAGGAAAAAUAAAAGCUUGAAAAAAAUGAAUGGUAGAUUAUAUGAUGAGCUGAAUCAAUCAGCCAAGAAUGAGAGAGAGAGGUACGUCAUUGAAAAAGGAGAAUAUGUCCAUCUUUGGCAGGCCCCAAAAGUAAUGGAGUAGCCUCAUUAUAGAUAAGUGGACCACAAAAGAACAACAGGGAUUGUUUCAUCUUUGGUUAAUGUGAUUUAGACAUUUCUUUCUUUCCAUUUUCUAUAAAAUCAUGAGAUAAAACGCUCAAUGGGGUUACUUAACUCCAUUGGCUAGAUAAUUAAGGUUACUGUUCAUUAAGGGGUCAAUUUCUUGGAGGUGGUAGUAGUACAUGUUUUGUUGCGUUUGGCUAUCCCAAACCGAAGCCAUGAAUUGGGUUAACCUCUUACAAGAAAACAACACAUAUAGUUGGCCUAUUUGAUUUGACAGAUUGUAGCAUUCACCCAAAAAAAGGAAAAAGCAAAGCAAAGACAAGAAAGUAAGUUUUAACGUAUUGAAACAGCCAAUGAAGCAAGGACUUGAUUGAAUUCAAUCGAAGUCUGGCUAGCUAUAGCUAUUUCAGGCUGACCUUUCUUGUUCAAGCAUACAUAAGCAAUAUCAGAUAUUAUCUAAUGAAAUUCCUUUUCCACUUUGCUAUCACAAAUUUUCAGAAAUCAAAUAUAUUUGUAAAAGCUAAAAAUAUAACACCGCAGUUUUUAUGUGAUUGGGAUGUUAAUAAAUUUUAGUCCGCGAGUUAAUAUUAUUACAAUAAAAUUAAAAUUUGUUUUAUGAUUUAUUUAAUUUUUCAAUUUAUGUCCUUUUAUUAUAUAUAGUGAAACCGAAAAAGAAGAGCAACAAAACACUAAAUAACAUAGGACACCAUGGGUGGAAAUUAAAAUCGUUAUCAAAGGCUGGUCGUGCUACGUUGAUCAAAUCGGCGGGGCUUGCUUUGCCUGUUUACACGAUGCAGACGACAAAGCUUUCUAAAAAGCUUGCAUCUAGGAUUGAUGGUAUGGUGAGGGACUUCUGGUGGGGCUGUGGACAAGGUAAUAGAGGCAUCUGUCUUAAAGCUUGGGACCAGUUGUGCCUUCCCAAGUCCUGUGGGGGGCUUGGCUUUAGAAAGACUGUGGAGAUGAACCAGGCAUUGCUGGCCAAGUGGGGUUGGGCUCUGCUUACUGAGGAAAAGUCGCCGUGCUGUAAUGUUCUCAGAUCUAAAUACCUUAAGGGUAAACAGUUUUUUGACUGUGAGGUUAAGAGCUCUGAUUCUUGGUUUUGGAGAAAUGUGGUGCGAUGAAAAGAGAUUUUAAGAAAAGGGGCGUGCAAGCUAAUAUCCGAUGGGAGAGAGACAAGUAUUUGGGAUGACCCUUGGGUUAUCCAUGGUAUGGAAUUUUACCCUAAGUCCAAUUAUCGUCAACAGCGGGGCUUAGAGAAAGUGUCGGAUCUACUUCUACCUGACGGAAAUUGGGACACACCCAAGCUCCACAACCUUUUUGACCAGGAAACUGUUAGUAACAUCUUAAGAGGCGGUAUUCCGAGUGGCCAGGGAAGGGAUAGAUGGGUCUAGACAAAAGAAUCAAAUGGUCUGUUUUCAACCAAGUCUGCCUAUCUUAUUCAAGCCCUUGACCGGGAUCCCUAGUGCAACAUUGCUCUGGCACUAUGGAACAAACUUUAGAACUCAAAGAUUUUGGAGCGACACAAGGUCCAUUGGUGGAGUAUCCUUUCUAAUGCUCUACCCUUACGAGACCCUCUUGCUAAGAGAAUGGGUUUUGAGGAGGUUUCCCGCCCUAUUUGUGGGGAGGCUGAGGAGACCACAUAACACUUGUUCUUGUAUUGUAACUUUGCCUUCCACCUUUGGCGAUCUUCUCCUUGGGGGGUUAUGCCUGUUCUGGAUUCAGGAGCCCGAAUGUGGGACUGGGUUACUUUUCUUUGGAAUCUUAAAUCCAGAGGAGUUGAUACUAAUGAGCUGUUCCUCUAUGCCUCGAUUGUGGUAGAUACGAUUUGGAGGGCCCGUAACGACAAGUCUGUUGGGACUCAGGUUUGGUCUCCGCCACUGGAAGAUUGGGUUAAAAUCAACUGCGAUGUCAAAGUUGGAGGUGACACUAUAUGUGCUGUGGCGAUUGCGAGAGACCAUAACGAAUCAGCAUUGUGGGUGGCAGUUAAAAGGCUACACUUCUUUGACCCACUCGCUGGAGAAGCUGCGGCCUGUCUUUUAGCCAUGGAGACGGCGGUCUCAUUGCAUCAUCCUUUUGUUUUGGUGGAGAGUGAUUCAGAGAUUGUUAUUAAGAACCUAAAAGGGGAUGACUCUAUUUGGGGGAUUGAGAACUAUGUGCGUCAUUGCAAGCUCCUCUCUACUUUUAUGACUAAUUGUAAUUUCUCUUGUAUAGCUAGAAGCUGUAACUACGCGGCUCAUAAUGUGGCCAAAUGGGCGUUUGCCAACAAUGUUACGGGCAUGGUAGAGAUAUCUACUAUACCUAUUAAUAUCUUUUGUAAUGACUAUGAGGUCUAACUUCAAUUUUAUUUAUAAACGCAUUUUUCAAAAAAAAAAAAAAAACAUAGGACACCAAUCAACAUU